AUGCCCAAUGCCCGCCAUGGCCUAUUCAACCCACCGGCUCGUGCAAGUAUUCUCCAAGAGCUCUAUACGGCCCUCUGGGGGAAUAACUACUCACUCUUUCUGGCUCGAAACGAGCUGCUCCCUCAGGGAGGUCUCCUGUCCGAGGCUCAGGCUCGAUCAUCGCACAAGCCCGCAGACGAUGGCGUAUCUCGAGCGUGUCAGCACGUAUUUAAGAAAGGAGAGUGCUGCUUCAGAUGCAAAGACUGUGCCAUGGAUGACAGCUGCAUAAUGUGUGCUAGGUGCUUCUACUCUACCGAGCAUGCCGGCCACGUCGUUACUUUUUGCAUAUCACAGCAACCGGGCGGGAGUUGUGACUGCGGUGAUCCCGAAGUCUGGCGUCACCCUAUCAACUGCCCUCAUCACCAGAACGGUGCAUCUACUUCGGAUUCGACCACAAAAUCGUCAGAUAAGCGCGCCCCUGUGCCGAUUUCCCCCAACUUGCGUGAUUCAAUGGCAAGAGUCAUUGGAUGUGCUUUGGACUUUCUACUAGAUGUCCUCGACUACUCUCCGGAGGAUACGACACUACCAUCUUCUUACGAAGCGCUGAUGGAUCAGUCAUCCGCCGACCCGCUUCAGAAAGAAUACUGGGCCAUUGUAUUGUGGAACGACGAAAAGCACUCAUACGACGAGGCAGUAGCGCACCUACAGCACAUGACUGGCUGCAACCUUCAACAAGCAACAGCGGUCGUACUUAGAACAGACGACGAGGGAAGGGAUGUGAUUGAAGUCGCAGGAGAUGCGAAACGGCUGCUAGAAACUGCCCACAAGAUUAGUACCGUCGAUCUGACGGUCACGAUGCGUCGUGCAUUCGACAUCUUCCGGGAGCACAUGGCCGCCGUCAUAAUUGAGUGGCUGCUCGACUUGCUUCAAUGUCACGUUGGAGGGGAUAAACACAUUCUUCGGGAGCUGGUAGCGGCAGAGCUUUUCUCCUCCCGGCGACCUGAUUCUAGUUUCCUUUACUCAGAAGUAUCCAAACAGUAUCCAGAAGCACAUGAGGGAGGAAGGAUAGAAUGGCUCUUCAUUUAUCACCCAAGAUUAUGGAAACGGCCGCGGCUGAACCUCAAACAAAUCUACAUUACCAUACUCACGAUGAGUCAAGAAAAUCGCCUCAGUGUGGCCAUUCACUAUGCCAAGAUGUUCCAUAGAAUCAUCGACUCGUAUCUUCUCGUGGACCGUGAAGCAGAGACAUCGAUCAAAUUCUUCGCAUUGGACCUUUUCACUGUCCCGAGUGUUGCAGCACAUUUGGUAAAGGAAUGCGGAGUCCUUUCUCGCCUGCUCUCUGUGAUAGCGGGUUUCUUCACCAAUCAAAUUUCGAACAAGCGCAUCGUCUUCCCUCCAGAUCCAAAUCAUCCAAUGGAUGUGGAAGCAUACCCUUUCCGGAGUAAGCGAUACAUGCCCAUAUUCAGCGAUAUACGAUACAUCUGCAACAAUCAUAGCGUCCAAGGUAUCAUCAGCAGCGGCACAAAUGCCACAUCCGAAUUCGCAGCGGUAUGCGCAAUGUUCAUGGGCAUACAGCCCAAUAAGCGAGCUCGAGGAAACCACGUUGAAUACGAGAGCGAUUCAUGGAUCAACGUCUUCAAUGUCACGCUUUCACUUUCACGCGUCGUGAAGGCUUUCGGAGAGGCCUUUACCUGCGCCUCGCCUUCAGCGUUACUUGCGUGCAUCGAGGUUGUCAUGACGCAGAUACAACGUGCUUGCAGCAUGGAAGAAACUCGCCUCGAUCCAAACUUUUACUCUGCGCCAACCUUCCAUACGGUAUCAUUCCAGGGCGCUAAUUAUCGAACCAUCGAAUUCGACGUACUAUCGGGUUGGGUUAGCUUUCAUAACGCUCCUCAUUGGCUGUUGGCCGAAUUGCUCAAGCAAGCAAGUUUGUUGGAAUCGCGGCAGACAGGCGCCACGCAUCAGACAGUUCUGCAGUCCGCAAUAGCGGAAAAGUUUGAUGAUGCGACUAUUCUCCAAAUUAUCGAGUUUCCUCUACGCGUAUUGGCGCUCAUUGCCCAGGUGAGAGCCGGCCUUUGGGUGAGGAACGGAUUCCCGAUCCGAGGCCAGCUCGUCCACUAUAGGGACUUUAUGCUACGGGAGCUCUGCUAUGAUCAAGAUUUAUUCUUACUUCAAACGGCGAUGAUCCUCAUCGACCCGAAUCUUGUUCUGGUGUCAAUGUUGGAUCGCUUCCAGCUGCUCGACUGGAUGUCCGGAAAUCAAGCUCAUCCGGAAUGCGAGCCCACACAUCUCGCAGGUCUCGUGGAGGAGCUUUUGUUCACACUCAUAUUCUGUACCGGAGAUCCCUCAAACGCCUUACAGCUACCUCUAGAAGCCAUAUGCAAGCGAGAAAUCGUCCAUGCAUUAGCCCCGGGUCCAAUCAGUUUUACUGAUCUCUGCAAGCGGGUACCCGAACGCUUGAUUGAGGAGGCCAGUUUCGAACACGUGUUACAGAAUGUAUCCGUGUUUCGUAAAGCUGAGAGUAUUCUCGACACUGGCUCCUACGAACUGAAGGAGGAGUUUUAUGAGGAAGUCGACCCAUUCUUCUACCAUUACACACGUGCUAGACGAGAGGAGGUGGAAGGGGUUUUAAAGUCGAAGAUGGCCAAAAAUGGAUCAAAGGAUCUGGUCAUACUUCCAAAGCCGUACAAGAUCCCUGCCGGUCCCUACGCAAAUCUGGAAACCGUUCUGGAAUCUCCGGUACUCCUUCAGAUCAUCUUCUACACAAUUCACAACUUUGUGUAUGGAGCCCCGUUGACAGAAGGAUCAGUCUCAACCGAUGCCAUCAUUGACCAGGCGCUCCAUCUCGCCACCCUCGCUCUCAUCCAACUAGGCCCAAGGUUUACAACCAUUGCUCGGCAGACUCGGUUCUCCGACACGUCUCUCGUCGAAAUGUUAUGUGAGAUUGAGACCAGAGACUCUUCCAAGGCGUCUAGGCCACGAAUACAGUGGUGUCUCGAUUGCAUGACAGAGCAUGACCCUUCUGUUCGUGAAUUCAGACAACUACCAGAGGCCAAGCCGGUGUCAGACGCCUCAAUGGAAGCCAAGAAGAAAGCAGCAAAGGCAAGACAAGACGCGAUCAUGAAACAGUUUGCGGAUGCACAGAAGAUGUUCAUGGAAACAUUCGACGAGGACGAAGAAGAAGAGACAUCCGCAAAUCAACCCCAGUCGGAAGUCGAAGAGGCACUGGAGCCUUGUAUCUUGUGUCAGGAGAAGAUGGAUUCAAGCCGACCUUUUGGGACUAUUGCGGCCAUCCAUCCAAGUCGACUAGUCAGAUACAGCCCUCCUCCUGGCACCCCUCAGUGGUCAGAUGUACUUCGCUCUCCAGAAUCUUUGGACAAAGAACUGCCGGUGGUGGAAGGAGAUGCGAAGGCAGAUCGACUCACCGCCUUUCCUUCACGCUAUCUUCGAUUUGGAACAUACAGUUCGACAUGUGGCCAUAUGGUUCAUCACCACUGCUUUAGCGAUUACAUGGAAGCCAUUAGGUCUCGACAUCGAGUACAACCACAACGGCAUCAGCCGGAAUGCCUAGAGCGUGGGGAGUUUGUCUGCCCAUUGUGCAAAAGUCUCGGAAACUGCCUACUUCCUGUGAACAAGGCAACAACAAAACCCACCACUCGCAUCCCACCUUUUGCGGAAUGGCUGCGAUCCCUCGGAAUUGAACUUCUCCGAUCUACUCCUGAUCGGCAAUUGGAGCGCCAUCAGUUCCCUUCCGGAACUGGAGAGUUCAUGUUUUGGGCUGCGGAGGAUACCGCAUGGCCUACGGAUCCAUCAGCUUUGGGAUCUGGUGAUGAGAUAGCAUCGACUGUCCGAGCCGCGACAGCCAUGAUUUCUCGGCAGUCUGCACCAUUGAGGACUCGACCGGAACCCAUGGCAGGAGAAAGGGGUGCUGGGCUUUACAUUCCAGAUGGACUGGGUGCAUAUACACUGGCGGCGUUGGAAGUCGCUUACAGAGGCGUUGGAGCCACUGGAACCACUCGUUUCCUUCAGAAGCUCCCCGACACCGCUGGGCAAUGUAUACGGGGCAUAGUUGGCACACUGAACCGCCUUGCAGUUGUGCAGUUUCGCUCUCGUCCGACCAGCACAUUCGACUCUAUGCGAUUGGCUAUUGCCAAGAGGCUACUUCCGGAAUGGACAAGAGAGGAGCAAUACAGACACCCUUUCCUACUGAGAGACCCGUGUUCCGUUCUCUUCGAAUGCGCCGCCGUCGCACCAGAUUUUAUUCCAAAUAUCGUCUGCGCCCUCUAUUACGCAUCGCUCCUCCGUGCACUUUUCGCACUCAUUCAGCAUCUAUUGACAUCUUCAUCCUCACAUACUCCCUCAUUAAAGUCUACACGACACACUUCUUUUCUCGGAAGUGUCGCCGUGCUCCUAAAAUCGGCUGCUCGCCACUCUCCCAUCCUUGAUCGAACAGCGGACCGUAUCCUCGAUACUAUAGGAGAAGCCAGACUGGAACAACUUCUAUAUGCCCAUACCCUCCCGACACUUCGAUCUCUGCUCAUUUUCGCUCACGCAGUGUGUCCCUGGGCAAUCAACCCAGUAGACGAAUCGGAAAUGUCUAUUGUUGCAGAGGCUCAGAUUGGAGCCAACGAGGCGAGUGCAAUAUGCAUACGCGAGAGCAAGUCCUUUCGAUUCUUCCCUUCGUCAUACCCUGACAUGUUAGAAAGGUGUUCUGGCCCAAUAGGCAUCUACUUCUUGUUGAAGCGCUGUGUGGUCCUUUAUCUAUACGGUGAUAGUGGCUCAUUUGCUCCACCGCCCUAUGUCGACUCCCACGGAGAGAUUGACAUUGGCCUGAGGCGUGGGCGGCGUCAGUAUCUUCAUCCAGUUCGCAUGGAAGAAAUACGCAAGACCUGGCUCCUCAAUGGCGUUCCAUCUGCAGUAUCACGACGGAUCGAGGUACAGACGGAUGCAGGCGGCUGGGAGUCUCUAUAA